CCCACCGCCCGCCUCCCGCGGGCGGCGGCAACAAAGGCCCUUCCCCGCCCCCGCCGCCGCCUCCCGCCGCCUCCCGCCGCCGCCGGCAGCGUCCUUGCGGCAGGAAGAUGCCCGGGGAGGUGCCGCCGCCGGCGCCCCGGGGGCUGCGGAGCCUCCCGCUGCUGCUGCUGCUGCUGCUCAGCGCCCGCACCGCGCUGGCUCAGCGCUGGCGCAAUGAGAACUACGAGAGGCCCGUGGACCUGGAGGGCUCCGGGGACGACGACCCCUUCGGAGAAGAUGAGCUGGACGAUGUCUACUCCGGCUCUGGCUCGGGGUAUUUCGAGCCGGAGCUGGGGCUGGACACGGCCGUGAGCCUGACCACGGACACGCUGGUGACGCUGCCCACCACGGCGGCCGUGCUGCCCGUCACCGCCGCCCAGCCCGUGGCAACGCCCCUGCAGCCGUCCCCCAGCCCCCAGGACACCAGCCCCGGGCAGGCAACCAGCGCCUUCCUCAUCCCCAGGACCACGGAAGCGCCGGUGGUGCCCAGCUGGAAAGGCACCACCACCAGCAGCACGGCCAGCGAGCCCCCGACCACCACGGCCACCACCUCUGCAGCCACCACCACUGCGGCCACCAUGGCCACCACCACUGCGGCCACCAUGGCCACCACCACCGUGGCCACCACCACCACCACCACUGCGGCCACCACCACGACCACCACUGCGGCCACCGCCACCACGAGCAGCACCACAGUGGCCACGGCCAAGCCCACCACCAUCCGGAGGUUCCUGCCCCCCUUGGCCACCAAGGCGGCCACCACCCGGGCCACCACCCUGGAGACGCCCACCACGCCCGUCCCCGAAACCAGCACCCCGACAGAGGCGGCCACGUCACCCCUUGUCCCCAGCAGCACGGCCAAGCCCAGGGCUCUGCCAAAGCCCAGCACCUCCAGGACUGCAGAGCCCCCCGAGAAAAGCACGGCCUUGCUGCCCACGCUGCCGCCCACAGAGGCUCCCCAGAUGGAGCCGGGGGAGGUGACAACAGUCCCCGACAGCGAGCUGGAGGUGCCGGCCAGCAGCGGCCCCAGCGGGGACUUCGAGAUCCGGGAGGAGGAGGAGACGACUCGUCCCGAGCUGGGGAACGAGGUGAUGGCCGUGGUGACAGCGCCGGCGGGGCGGGGGCCCGGCAGGAAGGUGGAGACGGGGCUGGUGGACAACACGAUAGACUCGGGCAACUCGGCCGCACAGCUGCCCCAGAAAAACAUCCUGGAGAGGAAAGAGGUGUUGAUAGCGGUGAUCGUGGGCGGUGUGGUGGGCGCCCUUUUCGCCGCCUUCCUGGUGAUGCUGCUCAUCUACCGCAUGAAGAAGAAGGACGAGGGCAGCUACACGCUGGAGGAGCCCAAGCAGGCCAACGUCACCUACCAGAAACCCGACAAGCAGGAGGAGUUCUACGCGUAACCGAGAGCCCGCAGUGCCUCACGCUUCCUCCCUCCCUCCCUCCCCGCCCCAAACCCUCCCUCCUCUCCUCCAUCCAGUCUCUCUCUUUCCCCCCUUCUCUCUCUCUCUUUUUGGGAUCAGACUGUGAAUUUACAAAGCAAAACCUGCAGCGGCUGAAGGAGGAAACAUCUCCUUGGCAUGGGGGGCACGGGGUGCCUGAGGCAGCGCUGAGGUGACACCAAGCAGCACCAAGGUCACACCGAGCAGUGACAUUGAGCAGUGCUGAGGUGACACUGAGCAGCGCUGAGGUGACAACGAGCAGCACUGAGGUCACACCAAGCAGCGCUGAGGUGACACCGAGCACUGACACUGAGCAGCGCUGAGGUCACACCAAGCAGCGCUGAGGUGACACCGAGCAGCACCGAGGUGACACCGAGCAGCACUGAGGUGACACCGAGCACCGCUGGCCUUUCUGCUGGCGGGAGGGACGGGACACGCGGCCGAUGCCAAGGGGCCGGAGCCAGCGCGGCCGUGCCCGGGAAUGCCCUGGAGAGCACAGGAUGGGCUGCCCACGGACCCUGGAGCUCAGCUGGACUUUUCCCACCACCACAAACUCCGGGAUCCAGACACCUCCUGCCAGCCCUGGGGCACGAGGGCUUGCUUUGGAUUUAUUCUCCUUUUUUUUCCGUCCGUAAAGAGGGAGAUUUCCUUCCCUCUGUCUCGUCUUUAUUUUUUGGAUUUCUUUUGGAAUGGGUUUGGUCACUCUGCAGGAAUCCCCUUCUGCUGGAAGAGAGAACACGGCUCUCCAACGCUCCUGGAACCUUGGGAAAAGCACAAGGGGCUGGAAUACCUGGUGCACUGGGAUUUGCUCCUGGAGUGGGGAAAAAAGGAAAUAAAUACAAACACUGGGAAUGAUCCCUUUGGAUCAACAUUCCAGAGCGCUUGUGGAGCUGCACUGGGCCAUCCCAGGCUGCUGCCCUCCAGCCACCCCCUGGAAUCUCUUGGAUCGUGUCUGGCUGAGGAGUUUGGCCGGGAAGGGACUUGGCUUGGGCUGGGUUUUCACUGUGACCACUAAAGCUCGGCUUAGCGGGACACUGCUUGGAGAGGAGCUGGGAAUGGAGAAGCUGAAUCCUGUCCCUGGCUCUUGCAGAGGGGAUAACAGAGCUCUGCAAGGCGGGGGAUGCAGCCUAAGGAAGGGAAUCCAAGCAGGGACAAUCCCUGUCCCCUUGGGCAGGGAUCCCGCAUGUUCCAGAGGUGAGGAGGAGGAGGCAGAACCACGGCUCUGCCCCUGGGCUGGAUCCUCGGGAAAAUCCCAAAACCAGUGGAAAGACGCAGGACUGAUGGUUUUCCUUUGUUGUUUGAAUCCCCAGGAUUGAUGGUUUUCCCUCUGGUGUUUCAAUCCCAGCACAACCCACAGGGCUGGAGUGAGCCCAGGUGUCCCCCCGGGUGUCCCCGGGGAGGAUCCAGAGCCUCCAGAGCCUUUGGGAAAGGCUGGAUUUCCCAGAGCAAUCUCUGCACACAGAAUCAAUUCAGAUAUUUCAAUUAAGGUGUUCCUAUAAGGUGGCUCUUAAUUAGCUGGAGCCCUGUUUGUGGAGCUUUGUUGCCAUGAUGGUUGUGAUCUUGAUGAGGUCCCGUGGAGACUUUGGAUUUGCUCUUGGAGCAAUUUAAAUGGGAAAUUUGGGGGGAAAAUCAUUGCUUUGUGCAUUAAUCUGCCCAGAACCAAGGACACUUUGGCCCCUGGGGGGGGUUGGUGGAUUUAGGGUUUUAUUGCCCUGGUGGGGGUUACAAAACAGAAGAGAUUAAUUGUGGAAGGGAUUUGAGGCCAUAUGAAUAUUUUAAAUAUAUAUAUAUAAAUAUAUAUCUCCACUCCUGUACACCCACAGUAAGACAGGUAUGGAAGGAAAUGAAAUCCCUGGAAUUUCUCAAUGCACUGAGAUGCUUUGGUGGGAUUUGGGGUUGGGAAGUUGGGAGCUUUGGGUUGCUUUUCCCUGGGAUACAACCUUUACUUUGGGACAGGGAACAGAGCUCCGGGCAUGGAUCAGCUCUAAAUCCUCAUUUUUGAGCUGUCAUCCUCAAAACCCUCGUGGUUCAUGUUCUUGGAGUUUGGGAUGUUGGAGUCUGUUGGAUGUUUGGGGGGUGGUGCUGGGAGUGACCAUUUCUGUGUCCAUCCUGGAGGGAGGAUGAGGAUGAAGAUGAGGAUGAGGAUGAAUGGUGCUCCAAAGGAGGGAACACACUCAGAAGGAGCCUGGUGCCAACCCAGUGCGCUGCUCCCGAGGGAGUUUGGACUCCUGGAUUUGAUUAUUUUAGGAUUUUGGGAUCACACAAAGGGGAGUGGCACAAAUCAAGGUCACCAAGGCCACCCAAAAUCCUCAUCUUUUGGGAAAACCUGGAUUUAAUCUUUAGAGCUUGCUUUAAAAAAAAAACAAAACCCCAACCCUCCCAGCUUAAUCUUUUUAAUGCUGCUUUUCAGAGCUGCCUCCUUAAUCUUCUUCAUUCCAUUUUUUACCCCUAUUUAAUAGUCUGAAGUUCCAUAAUACAAUUUUUUUACUCACUCAAGCUUAACCUCGUCCCUCUCAGCUGGUGUUAGGUUGUAAUCCCGGCACUUAAAUCCGUCACAGCUUCUGGAUGAGGAAAGCUGGAGGUGGGAAGGUGAGAGAAGCCUAGGCAGGACUUUUGCAGUAAUUAAAAUAUGAGAUAAACACAAUAAAAAAAAGGUGAAGGCAAUUAAACUGCUAACUAGAAGUGAUCAAAUAAUUUGUUGUUUAUCUCCUGCUUCCACGCUUCUGCUCUCCACUUGGACAGGGAUGUGAGCUCCAGGAGAAUUUUUUGGGUUUGGAAAACCCAAAAACCACUUUUUGUGAUGUUAAUGAUGUCAGAGCCUCUUGUGUCACCUCAGCUCCAUGAGUUGAGGUUUGAAGGGAAGAAAAGUCUACAGACAAAAUCCGGCUGCAGAGCGGAUUUUGGGAAAACAGACUCCGGUGUCUCCAGCAUCUUCCCUUCCCAAAGCUGAGCCUGGCAUCGUCCCCUCUGAUGUGGGGAUCCCUCAUGGUGAUCCAGCCAGGAACAGCUGGAGCAGUGCCCAGAUGUGCUGGUCCUUCCAGCUGUGCUCCCCGAGGGAUUUUCCACGGCUUUUCCAUUUCUUUUCCGCACGUUCCUGUGUGCGUGUGCUGUGCUGGAGCCGCAGGGAGACUCUUGGCUGCUCCAGCUGGAUAAUUUUAGGAGUUUCUGGAACUGCAGGGUGGUGUGGGCUGCUCUGCCAGCUGUGCCAGCCUUGGGGCUCUCCCUGCUGGAAAUGCAGCAGGAGAAUGAUGGAGAAUAUCCAGGAACUCCGGGAGCACAUCCAUCCACAGAAGGCAGGAAUGGAGCAAAGGGAAGGGAAAGCACAGACCCCAAACCAGGGCUGGAAUGGGGAGUUUGGGAAGGGCAGGACAUGGAAGGGGCCCAGCAGCAGCAGGACCCAGCCCUGCGUGGGUUUUGCAGGGCUGGGAGUUGUCCCUUUGCUCCAAAAAUCUCUCAGAUUUUGGAUCCUUCCAUAAAAAGCACCAGGUCCCUGUGUUUGGAAGGAGUUGUCCCUUUGCUCCAAAAAUCUCUUGAUUUUGGAUCUUUCCGUAACGAGCCGUGCUGGGGGGACCCAGCUGCAGGGAAGGGGAUGGCUCAGGGGAUGGCUUGGGCUGAAUGACAGCCAGGAUGGUUUGCCUCAAAUUUCCCCACUCCCUCCCCCAUUUCCCUGACAAUCCCUGUCCUGCUCCUUUGCCUCAUCUCCAGCUCCAGAAUUCCUAGCUCUCCUUGCUGUGAAUCACCAGCUCAGAGGCUUCCACAGGAACAAACCCAUGAGCCAAGAACAGGAAUGGAUUUUUUAAUUCCCUUUUUCUCCCAUAACCACCCUUGUCAUGAUUUUUUUCUGGGCUCCACGGUUUUCUGCCAGGCUCUAUCUUUCAGCCCAGGAAGGUUUGGUUGGAAUGAGCUCCCUGGGAUCCCCAGGAGUGGGGCUGGGUGUGUCUGUGUGUGUAUAUAUGUGUAUGUAAUUAAUGUAUAUGUAGAGAUGUAUAGAUGGGCACGGGGCUGUGAGCUCUGCUCCUGAGGAGGAGGAGGAGGAAAAGGAGGAGGAAAAUGAGGAAAGGGAGGAGGAUUUGUCCUCCAGCACCACGUGCUGGGCUCUGCAGCCCUCGGCCCCUGUCCUAGGCAAUGUGAGAUUGAGCUUCAUUCUCUGCCCAAGGGAUGUGGGAUUCCCUGCCCAAGGAAUGUGGGAUUUGGCCUCAUUCCCUGCCCCAAGGGAUGCGGGAUUUCCUGUCCCAAGGAAUGUUGGAUUCAGCCUUGUUCCCUGUCCCAAAGGAUUCAGGAUUCCCCCUCAGCCCCUGUCCCAAGGCAUGUGGGAUUCAGCCUUGGCUCCGCUCUCAGGGGAUGCAGGAUUCCCUGCCCAAGGAAUGUGGGAUUCCCUACCCCAAAGGAUUUGGGAUCCAGCCUCGGCCCUUAUCCCAAGGGAUGCAGGAUUUCCCCUUAUUCCCUGUCCCAAGGGAUACAGGGUUUCCCCUUGGCCCUUAUUCCAAGGGAUGCUGGAUUCCAUCUCUCAAAUUCCUGCUGCUCCUCCCUCCCCUCCCUGCCCUUCACAUCCCCCCGACAGUGAUCCCAGUCCCGCUGAUCCCAGUCCCAGUAAUCCCAGUCCCAGUAAUCCCAGCCCCACUGACCCCAGUCCCGCUGAUCCCAGUCCCAGUAUUCCCAGUCCCAGUGAUCCCAGUCCCAGUGAUCCCAGUCCUGCUGAUCCCAGUCCCGCUGAUCCCAGUCCCGCUGAUCCCAGUCCCGCUGAUCCCAGCCCCACUGACCCCAGUCCCAGUGAUCCCAGUCCCACUGAUCCCAGUCCUGCUGAUCCCAGUCCCAAUGAUCCCAGUCCCAGUGAUCCCAGUCCCGCUGAUUCCAGCCCCGCUGAUCCCAGUCCCGCUGAUCCCAGCCCCAAUAAUCCCAGUCCCAGUCGGGAUGAGCCGGGGCUGGGAUCGGGAUCCUUUUGCCGCUGCCAGGCCGGAGCAGAUCCGGGCUGGGAUCCCGGGAUGAAUCCGAAGCCCUGUGAGCUCUGGAGCUCCCCCAGGCUCAUGCUGGCAGCUCCCCCACCUCUGCCUCAGUCUGCAGCGCCCAAACUUUUCAUUUCUGUUCAUUUUUCCCAUUAUUUUGAUUUUUGGGUAAAACAAACCCGAUUUUUCACACCCCACAUUCCAGCGCUUCUCCCAAGGCCUCCAGGGCGCCAGGGAUUUUUCCUGCAGCAAUUCCCCCCCUUGAGGGUCCCCCUGGCCGAAGUGACCCCAGCCCAGCUGACAAUCAAACCAGACUCCCGAAAACCAGGAAUCCAUUGCAGUUUGAUAGAAAAACUUUUUAAAAUCCCCCCCUUCUCUCUCACCACCACAUCUCCAGGAUAAACCAUCACCCACUGCUCCUCCUGUAAAUAAACAUCGAACCUUCUUGUAUAAAUUAAAAAUAAAAUAAUUUUAAAAAAAGACAAAAAAAAAAAAUUCCAUUGAUAAACAUCCCAAAAAUAAAAGUUUAAAAAAUCUCCCUUUCCAGAAGAUUAAAGUAAUUCCAACUUCACUUUUUUUUCGAGCGGAUUUCCAAUCCCAGCAGGAAAACAAAACAAAGAUCUGGAACACUGCAAGUGUUGGAGCUUUCAAUGAAUCCGGGAGGGAAAAAAAAAUGCAUGUAAAUAUUUUUAAUAGGAGACAUAUCUUAAACAGAACUUUUUUUUGUAUGUACAUAACUCUCCUAGAGUUUAGUACUGAAAUGGCUUCAUAGUGUCUGUUUCGAAAAGGAAAGGAAAAGAAAAUGUUUGUUAAUUGUUUUUGUUCUUACUCAAUGGCCAAAACUUUAAAAAUAAUGACAAAAAAAAAAAGAAAAAAAAGACUCUAAAAAUAAUCUUUGCCAAUGGAUCUAGCACUGUAAUGGUACUGUCUAUUUUUUUUAAUUAUUUCUGUGCUGUGCCCAUUUAUAAAAUGAGGAAAAGAUAAAAAAUAAAGUCAUUUAAACAUUGUC